CAGACCGGAAGCCAGAGUGGGUUUCUGGAGGUGACCGAUUGACAGCGCCUAGAAUUGUUUUGAUUUCUUAGUUAUACGCGACAUUAUUGUUGUCAGCGGUUAAACAGCUUUUGCGGUCAGGGGUUGAUCUUCCGCGUGCAAGAAUGGGGUUGCAUCUCGUGCGGAGUUACGUCACGGAAAGGGACACGACGCCGGACCCGAAUAAGCCGCCUUCGCACGACCCUCAUCUGGGCUUCCCUGAUCGCAAAGAGAGAGAAAUGGUGGCGACGCAGGAGCAGAUGAACCUGGCCAUGCUGCCGCUGGAGCAGAGGGACUACUGCGCGCACUACCUGCUCCGCUUCCUCAAGUGCAAGAGGGACAACUUCCCCAACUUCCUGGCCUGCAAGCACGAGAGACACGACUGGGACUACUGCGAACACCAGGAUUACGUGAUGAGGAUGAAAGAGUACGAGAGAGAGAGGAGACUGAACCUGAGGAAAAAGAGGAUCGAGGCCAACUCAGCCUAGCCUUCACCUCGCCGUCGCUUCCUGUGUAUAUAAAUAGCUCUUACAUUAAUAAAGAUGAUCUUGUGAGCUCUCCAAA